AUGUUUGUCCCCACAUCUUCUGCUGCUGCUGCUGCUGCUGCUGCAGCACCAACAGCAGCAGCAGCAGCAGCAGGAGGAGUCCCCCAUCAACAACCAUCUCCCUUUUUCUCUUCUUCCCCCCCACAAGUAGGAUCAUUAGGAUCAGGAGGAUCAGGAGGAUCAGCAGGAGCAGCAGCAGGAGGAGCAGCAGCAGCAGCAGCAGGAGGAGGAGGAGGAGUGCUAGAUUCAUACCGUUUAGCAUAUGAGAGUAAACAGGAUAAACAGCAGCAAGUGCAGCAGCAGCAAGUGCAGCAAGUGCAAGUGCAGCAAGUGCAGCAGCAAGUGCAGCAAGUGCAGCAAGUGCAGCAACAAGUGCAGCAGCAACAAGAGGGAAUUAAUGGGGAUAAACAGAGACAGAAAAAAGGAAUAAUAAGAGAUAUAACUAUUAUACAUAAAGAAUAUAAAGAUAUACAGCAACUGCAGCAGCAAGAAGUGCAGCAAGAAGUGCAGCAAGUGCAGCAGCAAGUGCAGCAGCAGCAAGUGCAGCAAGUGCAGCAAGUGCAGCAGCAAGUGCAGAAAUCUCCACGUUUAGAGGGUUUAAGUGAAUUAGCUGCAGCAGCAGCAGCAGCAGCAGGAGUGGAUAAUCAGAAGCAAACAGAAGAAACAUCAACAGCAGCAGCAGCAGCAGCAGCAGCAGCAGGAGCAGCAAAUACACCAACAGCAAAGAAGAGAGCUAUUCGUCUUAAAUGGUCAAGAGAUGCAGCAGCAAAACAACAGCAGCAGCAACAACAGCAGCAACAGCAGCAACCGUUGUUGCUGCUUAUGCAGCAGCAAGAAUCACGUCCUCUUACAGAUGAUAACAGCAACAGCAGCAACAGCAACAGCAGCAGCAGCAGCAGCAGCAAUAGAGGACAAGAGAUAAACUGUGCAACAGAUGAAUCAUCAACUGCAGCAGCAGAAGGAGCAACAGCAGCAACAGCAGCAGGAGCAGCAGAUGGGGAAGAAGAUUCCUUAAAGGACAAUUUGCAUGGUAAGGAGACAGGAGACAAAUAA